UGCAGUGAAAAGGCUCUGAGUGGCUGAUGGGCUCCAGCUGUGCACAGCCAGUCCUGACACCUUGGUCGACUCAGAUGGUGGAGGAUCAUGGAUGAUUUGGCUCUGGAACGUUACUUUGACGAUUCUAUUGCAAAGGACUCCAGCAGCUCAGCGGUGGAGGAGCAGCUCGGUCUGCAGAGCUCUGAUAAACUGCAACAUGCACCACAUAACGGCUCCCAGCUGUCGGGUGGAGCCGAGGCUGCUGGGAGGCUGGGAGACGAUCUGGACCUCAGCUUCCUGCCUGAUGACCUCAGUCAUCACAACUCUAGCAGUGCAGGGGCUGCAGCAGCCACAGCUCAGAACGCUGCGCUGGACGUUCUGGAGGACAGUGGCAUAUGUCUGGAUAACGAGCCACCGGAUUCAGCUGCAGGGCCCCUUCAGCAGGGACCUGCUAAUCUGGGGCCAGAGAGCAGAGCUUCCCCUUUCUGUCCUAUGACCCCCAUGACCCCCAUGACCCCAAUGACCCCCGUAACAGAGAAGUCUGGAAUCAUCCCGCAGUUACAAAACAUUGUCUCGACUGUAAACCUGGGAUGUCCCCUGGAUCUAAAGUUCAUUGCCCUGCAGGCGAGAAAUGCUGAGUACAAUCCGAAGCGCUUUGCAGCUGUAAUCAUGAGGAUUCGUGAGCCUCGAACAACAGCACUGAUCUUCAGCUCAGGGAAGAUGGUCUGUACAGGAGCCAAGAGUGAGGAGCAGUCCCGCCUGGCAGCACGGAAAUACGCCCGAGUGGUCCAGAAACUUGGCUUCCCUGCCCGCUUUCUCGACUUUAAAAUUCAGAACAUGGUGGCCAGUUGUGACGUUUGCUUUCCCAUCAGACUGGAAGGGCUGGUUCUCACCCACCAACAGUUCAGCAGUUAUGAGCCAGAGUUAUUCCCAGGACUCAUCUACCGGAUGGUGAAGCCUCGCAUCGUCCUCCUCAUCUUUGUAUCUGGGAAGGUGGUGCUGACUGGAGCAAAAGAAAGAGCAGAGAUCUACGAAGCCUUUGAGAACAUUUAUCCCAUCCUGAAAGGCUUCAGAAAGCAGUGACGUCUUGAUGGACCAGUGUGUUCAAUGGCGG